UUUUGCGCAAUGCCUUUCCUUCUUUUUUAAAUGACUUUCUAUAGGCUACCGCACUUUAAACAUUUCAUGUGACCUACAUGAAACACAAGUCUGUUUAUUGCUUUUCGACAUUUCCUCCAGUUAUUAUACUGCGUCAAAAAUAGCCUACGACAGCAGGAAAGAUGUGGACAAUACCCAAACCCCGAUAUAAGAACUGCAACAAAUUGGAUACAAGGGAUGAAGACGAGAUGGCCGUGAACAUUGGCGGCGUGAGGCUAGUUUUAGACGGCGAUGUGCUUAACCGCUACCCGGAGAGUAGACUUGCAGAACUGAUCAACUGCUCAACUCUGAAUUACGACGUUAUCUACUCACUUUGUGAUGAUUAUGACCCGGGUAAAAAAGAGUUUUAUUUCGACCGGGAUCCUGACGCUUUCAGAUGUAUCAUUGACGUGUAUUACUUCGGUGAGAUUCACAUCAAACGAGGUAUAUGUCCAAUUUGUUUCAUUAAAGAGAUGGAGUUCUGGAAAAUUCACCAAAGCUAUUUGGACGAGUGCUGUAAAAGUUACCUGACUGAAAAAGAGGAAGAGCUGGCAGAGAUUGCCAACAAAGUUAAAUUUAUCUUGGAUGAUCUAGAUGGGGACCCUUCUGUCAACUGCUCAGCGCGGUGUCUAAAGUUCCUUUGGAAACUCAUGGAGAAACCGGAGUCCUCUUUGCCUGCGCGUGGCAUCGCCGUUGCAUCUUUCCUCUUCGUCCUUGUGUCCUCCGUGGUGAUGUGCGUGGGGACCAUUCCAGAAGUCCAAGUAGAAGAUGAAGAAGGGGACCUUGUGGAGCACCCGAUGCUGGAGGCCAUCGAGACAGCCUGCAUAGGCUGGUUCACCGUGGAAUACCUGCUGCGUUUUGUGUCCUGCCCAAACAAACUGCUCUUUUUCCUAUCCUUUAUGAACAUAAUCGACUUCAUGGCUAUCAUUCCCUUCUACGUGGUGUUGACCCUUACUUACCUGGGUACGGCCAUGAUGGAUCUAGCCAAGGUCCAGCAAGCGGUCCAGGCGCUUCGCAUCAUGCGUAUCGCCCGCGUCUUCAAACUGGCGCGCCACUCCUCUGGGCUACAGACUUUCACCUAUGCGCUGAAGAGGAGUUUCAAAGAGCUGGGGUUGCUCCUUAUGUACAUGGGCAUAGGGAUAUUCGUGUUCUCAGCACUGGGCUACACCAUAGAGCAAAGCCACCCGGAGACCCUCUUCAGUAGCAUCCCACAGUCCUUCUGGUGGGCUAUUAUCACCAUGACCACCGUGGGCUAUGGAGACAUUUACCCCAAAACCACUCUAGGCAAGUGCAACGCAGCCAUCAGCUUCCUGUGUGGGGUGAUUGCCAUUGCGUUGCCAAUUCACCCCAUUAUCAACAACUUCGUCCAUUUUUACAACAAGCAGAAAGUGCUCGAGACCGCGGCCAAGCACGAGCUGGAGCUCAUGGAGUUGCAGUCUAGCGAUGAUUCACUGAUGAAGGCAACGCGCAAGUGUGGCGCAGCGGGUGCGUUGGAGAGCUCGAUGCGUACCUCGCGUAGUGAUAAUUGUAUACCACUUCUCGAGGAAUCGACCAGGACUUUGAAGUCGAAAUAUUAUUGCUCGGAAACCGAAUCAUUUGAACUUGGUAAAGAAACAUUCUAUAGUGAUGUGUUUCAAUAG